GUGAAACUUUCCAUCCAGAUGCUCAGGUGAUGUGGGUAGUUUUUGUUGUCAAAAUUGAACGGUCAAGAAGAAAAUUAGGAGAUCUAGUAAUCCUGUGAACACAAGAAGUAUGAGUCAGGGUCAUAAAAGGUUCCACAUCAAUGAACAGGAGCUCCUGUGCAAGAAUGGCUGUGGUUUCUAUGGUAACCCAGCCUGGCAGGGUUUCUGUUCAAAGUGCUGGAGGGAGGAGUACCAGAAGGCAAAAAAUGCUCAGUUACAGAUAGACGAACAGAAUAAAAUGAUGAAGCAGAAAACUCCAGUUGGAGCUGAAGGGAAGGCACCAUCUUUUUCCAAGUUUGAAGAGAAGAAAAAGAGAGAGUCUGAUAAAAGGACCCACACAGUAAAGUCUCUUUUUCGAAAGUCAUCCUCAAAAGACAUAGCUGCUGAACAAGUUGCCAAAAGAGAAGCCAUGAAGAGGUUAAGUUCAGAGAGCCAGCAAGUAGGAGAGGGGUUUGCAGACUUCCUUCGCAACUUAUCCAAACCAGCAGCAUUAGACGUGUCCAAGCACAUCCGAGCUCUGAUUGAGAAAAUCCAGCAAAACCCUGAUGUUACAGUUGAUGAGCACUCUGAAAUAAUCCAAGAUUUCUACCAGAGCAUGGGGGACAGGUUACAGACACACCCAGUGUACAAAGGGCUUACACACACCACCAGCGACAAGUUGAUGGAUUACAUGGAGAAGUACAUCAUGACUCGGCUGUACAGGGCUGUCUUCUGUUCCAUGUGGAGUGAUGAUGAGGAGCAAGACCUGAUCAUUCAGAAAAGAAUACGAAGUCUUCAUUGGGUCAGCGAACAAAAUCUGGAAGCCUCUAUUAGUGUGAAUGAACCCAGUGUCAGAGCCCUUGUGGAUAGUGCUAUUACAGACAUCAUUGAAAUGGAUUCAAAGAGGGCCCCCCAGGACAAACUAGCUUCUGUAGUCCGGUGUAGCAAUCACAUCUUUGAGGCACUGAAGGCCUCUCAGAACAACGAGCCAGCCAGUGCGGAUGACUUCUUGCCUGCCUUGAUCUAUAUUGUACUUCAGGCCAACCCUCCUAGGCUGCAGUCCAACAUCAAGUACAUCACAAGGUUUUCUAACCCCAGCAGGCUAAUGAGUGGGGAAGCAGGGUAUUACUUCACCAAUUUGUGCUGUGUUGUGGCAUUCAUAGAGAACCUAAAUGCAGAGUCUUUGAACAUGACCCCAGAAGAAUUUGAAGGUUAUAUGUCUGGAAAACUUGUACCCAGAGACAGUAAAGAAGGACAUAUUUGUGAAGGACUGCGACUGAUGUACCAAAAUUUGGCAAAUUUAUCAGAGUUAAGACAAAGACAUGAGAAAGUCAUGGCUGAGGCCAUGCAACUGCAACAAGAAAUUGUAGAAUUCAAGGAAAAUUUUAAGAAGGAAAUUCAAUCAGUUUUAACCAAGAAUCCUUGGACCAUUAAACCUAGGAAGACCAAAGUGGAUUUGGAUGCAGAGAGUCCAGCAACAGAUAUGCUUCCUCCUCCUCUUAUUCCACAAAUAGUGGGAGAACCAAUGGUUGUCCAACAUGAUCAAAGCAAUGCAAAUUCCACAGAUAUGACCACAGAGCCUCAUGUGACAGUUACUGAUACAGCUGUAGAAGAAUAAGAGGCUGCAAAGAAGAGCUCAACACUCCCAUCUACUUCACUCUCUGCCACCUGCUCUACCUAUUACAAGGCAUUCAUCACAAUUUAGAUCGUCAUUUCAACCACCAAAACUUUCCCAUUUUAAGAAUGAGGCAAUGAGUGAUCAGAAUUCAAUUUUUUUAUUUUAAAAACAUUUUUUUUUUUUUUUUUUGGUGUUGAGCUUUGUAAACAAGGUGCUAUAAAAUAGUAUUAAACUAAUAUUUAUGAAUUCAUUCAUUCGUCUAAAUGGUCGCACUGGGUAUGUAUGUGAUAGUUAAAUGUACAAUCCUGUUUUAGAAAGCAUUUUAGAUAAUAUGUUACUUUUUUUGUAAAAUGGGCUUCUACAAACAUCCCAUCAACGGUUGCAGUGUAUGCUGGGAUGUAUAACAAGACCAUCGAUUUGCAACGAAAUGUUGGAUAAUGUAAUAUUAAUAAUUUCAUAAAUUUUUUUUUUUUUUUUUUUUUUUUUUCUGUACAACUUGGUAAUAAGAGGGUCCUUAUGGUUUUAUCGAUAAGUUAUAGUGGAGAAGAUUUUUAUGAUGGUUUUAUGGCAUUUUAUUUCCUUGGUCAUGGACUUGCUCAUUGGGUUUCAUAUUGUAGAGGGUGACUAGAUUCAUAUUGUGGUAAAAAAAGUACACAUGCAAAAGAAACCCGUUUGUCAGUGAGGCCAAAAAGGUUGCACUGGUUUCACCUUUCUUGUUAAAGAUAUUAUUUAUUUCAUUUCAAUUCUGUCCUAGUAUACAUGUGAUGGUCCAGGAAGGGAAGAUUACUCUGCAGCAGCAGAUUUUUCUGUUGUGACUAAUUUAUUAUUUGUUGACUAGUUUUAAACUGGAAAUUAUUGUAAUUUCUGUUGUGAAUAAAGAUUAUUGUGAUUA